AAGGUGUUAGGGAAAUUAAAAUGACAAUUAAUUUUCUUUAUUUAUUGCAACUUUAUAUUAUAAUUCGAAUUAAAUUAAUAUAUUGAGAAUUUUUGGUUUUAUAUAAGUACACAAGCAAAAGAAAAGAAGCCAGUAGGCGUCAGGAGACUAGGCCAGAGAAAAUGGGGAGCAUUCCAAAGGCGAAACUUGGUUCAACUGACAAAACCAUUCCUCUCGUAGGUUUUGGAACAGCUGAAUUCCCUUUUGGUGCUUCAUCUGAGACCAUGAAAGACUCCAUUCUCCAUGCAAUAAAACUGGGCUAUCGCCACUUUGAUUCUGCUGCUCUUUACCAAUCUGAGCAACCCCUCGCCGAAGCAAUAUCAGAGGCCUUGCAGCUUGGCCUUGUAAAGUCCAGGGAUGAGCUCUUCAUCACUUCCAAGCUUUGGUGCAGUGACGCUCAUCAUGACUGUGUCCUCCCUGCAUUACGUAAAACGCUCAAGAAUCUUAAGUUGGAUUACCUCGACCUGUACCUGAUUCACUGGCCUGUGAGCGUGAAGCCAGGCGAAUAUGAGCUGCCUGUGAAGAAGAAUGACCUUGUUCCAUUUGAUGCCAAGUCUGUAUGGGAAGCUAUGGAAGAGUGUCUAAAGCUUGGCCUCACAAAAUCCAUUGGAGUCAGCAACUUUUCGUGCAAGAAGCUUGAGACCUUGUUAGCUACUGCAAAUAUUCCUCCUGCUGUCAAUCAAGUGGAAAUGAACCCACUUUGGCAGCAAAAAAAGCUGAGAGACUUCUGCGGGAGAAAGGGUAUACAUGUGAGUGUGUACUCUCCUUUAGGAGGCAAAGGAACUCUGUGGGGUACAAACCUAGUCUUGGACUGUAAGGUGCUAAAAGAGAUUGCUGAUGCCAAAGCAAAAUCUAUUGCUCAGGUGUGCUUGAGAUGGGCGUAUGAGCAAGAGGUAAGUGUGCUAGUGAAGAGCUUCAACAAGGAGAGGAUGAAAGAAAAUGUUGACAUAUUUGAUUGGAAACUGAGUCAAGAAGAACUACACAAGAUCAGUCAACUUCCACAGCGUAAAGGGUUUCCAGGUCUUGAAUUCAUCUCCCACGAAGGUCCUUACAAAACUGUUGAAGAGCUUUGGGAUGAAGAGAUUGAUUUAUCUUCAGACAAUAUUUAGCCAAAUUAUUAUUUUUCGGAAUUAUCUUUUUUGCUUAAUGUUAAAUCUAUCUCAAGGAACUUCCAGUUACUGGCCAAAUAAGUGAAUAAAUAAAUAUUUUUUUUUUCCA